CCUCUUCUGCUGGACUCCAAAGAGCGCUACCUACCGACAGUAUGCUCAGCCAAUGAAAGCUGGUGGUGAAGGCAUCUUUGGGAAAACGGCAAUAUAUUUCUCGUCUGACUACCAAGACAUGCCCAAGACAAACCUGUCCCGAGAGCCCCUGGCGCUGUGUGACCUGAAAGCUGAGGUGUCUCCCCGAAUCUCGGCUGAGGAUCUAAUUGACCUCUGUGAACUCUCUCUCGCCGGACCGUCCAAAAGGAAUAAAAGUGGCAAGCCAAAAAUUGUUGCUGUCGACAUCCGCAAUGUGGAAGACUUUGGUAGAGGACAUGUUUCAGGAAGCAUCAACAUUCCCUUCAACAGCGUCUUCGGUGCUGAUGGUGAACUUGUGCAGUGUCCUGCUUCAGGAGUCCUCCAGAACUACAGAGGCCGUGUAAUUGUGAUCAUCAGCCAUGCUGUAAAGAGUGCAGCUUUGUUUGCUGCACAUCUGGUCAAGGUGAAUUUUUCUCGUGUUUGUAUUCUGGAUGGAGGGAUCAGCAAGCUGAAGCCCACAGGACUCCUCACUGUCCCCUCACCUCAGAUCUGAACUCAUAAUCCACCUUCGGAUUAAAAUGAUAACCAUGAGGACUGAAAAUUGUCUGUGGAUAAAAUUUAAAAGAAAAAAAUCUGUUAGUGAACAGAUGUCAUCAUGUCACUCUGUUAAAAAAUAUCAGUUUGAUUAAAAUUUUAACUAGAUUGUUGAUGAUUCUUCUUCAUUUGUUGUUUUGUGGUCAGAAAGUGUUUUUUGUGUAUGACUUAUUGUAAAAUUGACCUGUAGUAACUAUGUAUGUUUGUGAUUCAAUAAUAAAUUGACGUUUCUUUUUAAA